AUGUUUUCUUCUACCUUUACUCUAUCUUUACUUGCUUCGUCGGCCUUGCUGGUUCAAGGUCUUCCAUGCGACACCUCAGCAUCAGUCUCCCGACGCGACAGCGAAGCAUCAACACCAACAAUCUCCAGACGAGGCAGCGAGGUCGAGACAACCGCCUCCAGACGAGGCAGUGAGAUCGAAACCAUCUCGAGACGCGGCAGCGAGGUUGAGACUACCAUCUCUAGACGAGGCAGCGAAGUUGAGACGACUAUCUCCAGACGUGACAGCGGUGCCACCUUGGAAGCUCGGGCGUGUGAUCUCGAAGAAGACCCCAUCAGAGGUGUUAAUCUCGGCGGUUGGUUUGUCCUCGAACCCUGGAUGAACUGGGAGCUCGUUGGAGACACAGGUGCCGUCGACCAAUGGACAUUCGAUCAGACCGACGGAGCAGAGGCCAAACUCCAGUCGCAUUGGGAAUCAUGGUUCACUGAAUCCGACAUGGCACAGAUUGCCGCGUGGGGCCUCAAUACUGUGCGCAUUCCCAUUGGUUACUGGGCCUUCAACAACACAGGUAGCCCUUACAUCUCCGGUGCAGAUGCAUACCUUGAACAAGCCCUGGGCUGGGCCCGUCAGUACAACAUUCAAGCCCUGAUCACCAUGCACGGUCUGCCGGGCUCUCAGAACGGCUUCGACAACUCUGGCCACAGGGGUCAAGCCCAAUGGGCAGACAACUCGACCAACCUCGCUGCCAGCACUGCAGUCCUCGAGCUGAUGGCAGCAAAGUACGGAACAGCAGCCUACAGCGAUGUCGUCUAUGGACUCGAGCUUGCCAAUGAGCCCAUUGUUUGGGACGAGACAUCCGCCCGCAAUGCUGAGGAAUGGGCCGUCAGCACCGUCGAAGCAAUGCGCACACACAUCACCAACCCCAAUCUCAAACUCGUCAUGCACGACGCCUUCCUCGGCGCCAAAGCCUGGGAGACAGUAGCAGAAUACUUGAACUUCGACGCCGAUAGCCAGAACUUUGUCUUGGAUGUGCACUUGUACCAAAACCAAGGUGGCGACACCUCAAACAUGAAUCAAGACCAACACAUCGCCACCGUCUGCGACUACCCAAACACACAGUUUGUCUCUCCGUCCGCACACCUUCCUGUCCUCGUCGGCGAAUUCAGCGAUCAGACCAAUAUCUGCGUCGACGCUGCUGGCAACGUAACAGCCGGAACAUCUUGCUCCACUGAAGGCUGCCAAUGUUCCGCCCAAUUGGAUCCUUCCCAAUGGAACGCCAACCUUGUCGCCGCAACCAGAAAAUUCAUGGAAGCUCAAAUGGACAUCUUUGAAGAGUACUCUGAGGGCUGGUUCCUGUGGAGUUAUACAGGACCCGGUGCUUGGGGCAUGGGAGAUUUGUUCAAGUAUGGAAUUGUGGGGCCUGACCAUAUUACCCAAAGACAAUAUCCUGCACAAUGUAACUCGACAAGUUCGAGUUAA